AUGAAUGGCGCGGGGCUGAAUGGCCGGCCCAGGCGCCGACGCAGGAGGAAGGAGUUUGCCGCGCGGUGUGAGCGGGGCCGGGGGUGGCGUCUGCCGGCUAGACCCAGCGAGCACCGAGGGAAGGACCGCCGUGCGAGUCUCCCGCGCGGGGCGGUCGUGGGCCGGCGGCAGGGUCGGCUGUGCCCGGCCGGCCGCGCCAUGGCGGUGGGGGAAGGGGAGGUCACGCGUUACAUAACCCGGCAGCUGCCGCGCUCGGGGACGCCGCGGGCCGCCCAGGCCGCGAGAGGACGGCCUGCGGUGCCCGGGCCGGCGCACCCUCCCCAGCCCCGCCUCAGGCCGUCCGCGCUCGGGCCGCAGCCGGGCCGGUCUGCGGCGCCUCCGGGCGACGCGUGUCCGGUCCCACCCCUCCCCCACCCCGCCGCCGGCCCCGGGGUCGCUCACCUUCCGCGCUGCCCCGGACCACCAUGCCCGGGCACGACCGCCUGCUCAGCCUCGCGGGCUCCGGCGCCGCUCCUGCCGCCGCACAGUGCCCUCGCCCGGGGCCCGAAGGAGGGUCGCGGGAAGGAGUCACACUGCCGCGCCGCGGCCCACGCUCGCCCCACGCUCACGGCGGCCGGCCCUGCGCGCGUUAAGCGGCGGCUCCCGCCCCUCCCCUUCUCUGGCGGGCGCGCGCCUCGCAGCUCCGCCCCGCCCCUCCCCCUCCACGGCCGGCGCGCUCCCUGGCUCCUCCUUCUCCCCCUCCCCGCCUGCGUCGACCUGCCCCGCGCUCACGCUUGGCGAGCCCCUGUCCCCGCCCCGACUCGCACUCACCCCCCGCGCGGCGUACGUGCCGGGUCCGCACCCUGCCCCGGGCGACCCCCGCACCGCGGGCGCGGCGCCUCGGAGCUCCGCUGGUGCCAGCCCCGCCCCGCCCCGCCCCGCCCUCCCGCCACCGCCUGCAGAGGGCAGCGCCUCCGCGGCACGUGA